AUGAGGAAAUAUAACUACUCCGUCAAAGAGAUAGAACGUAUGCGAAACGACUAUGCAGAUUUAAAGAAAGAAGCAGAAAAACCAGCAGAAGAUAAAAUGAACAUGUUAGAAUUUCUGAACAAAAACUAUCCAACUGCUGACGAUUUCCUUCUAUCUGACGUCAAGAAGAAGUAUAAAGAAACUUUCGGUAUCGUUAAAACUUUUGACAUACUGACAGAAGAAAUAGAAGCUACGAAAUUGUUUAGAGUCAUGAACCAUCGCAACAUAUACCAUGUAAAACGCUUGUAA